ACUUGCAAGUCAGUUUUACUUACGCUGCAGAGAAGACGGGUGCACUUGGUAGGAUAAGCAUUUACUUGGGGAACAAUUCUGCACUUCUUCAACCAACCAGAAAAAAACGGGAUUCUCUCAGUCACAUGAGCUAUUCUUUGAAAUCAUAAAAGUUUGUCUUGCCAUGAAGAAGUCAGCAGAACUACAUGGAGGACUUGAAAGGAAACUAGCAACAUUUUCUCUACUGUAAUUUUAUUGGAACACUACUUUUGACCAGAUUCUCAAAAACAAUGGCUAGUGAAACUUGUGUCACUGGAUCCUGGCUUUUCAUGGUUCUUUUUCUUCUCUUCCUGAUUGCAGAGCUUGUCAUUAGCUUUUUAUGCAAUUCACUUAUGAAUCUGGUGGACUGCUUCAAUACCCUUAGCAGGUGCUUCCUACUGGUACUGCCAGUGGUCACAAAGUUUGCAACACAGCAUCCUAGCCAAAGUGCUUUCUCCUUUGGGUGGGGAAGACUUGGACCACUCAUGUCACUGAUUUCCUCUGUACUGCUGACUUCACUUUGUUUUACUGUUGCAUUGAGUAUUAUUCAUAGAUUUCUCUAUCCACAUCCUAUUGAAAAGCCAUUGCUUGCAACAACAUCCGGGAUAAUGGGUAUCAUCAUUAAUUCCGCAGCCAUGAUUCUGAGUAAAGACAGAGCCAAUGGAUUAGUAGAAGAGACUGAGACCAAGGAUUCCUUCUUAACACUGAAUACAACAGGUCCGUCGGGUAUUGGCCAAGGCCAUGGUCCUCCACCUGCAGUCAGCUUCUGGCCUCACUUUGAAGUUUCUACAUUUGUUAAUGAGGCAGCUCUAGUGAACAACGGAUGCAUCAGAACCAAACAACUAGAAGACCAAUCCGUGAACACUUCAAAUGAAACUGCAAAAUGUCAGCUCAGAAGCAGCACUUUUCUGAAAAGCUCAUGCAUUAUUUCAAAGUCCAUUAUUUCUUCCUGUCUUGUUCUUCUAAAUGGACUUGUCUACUAUUUUCUAGAAUCAAAAUGUUACUCAUCUAAAACAUACCCCUUCUGCUUGUACCUUGAUCCAUCACUGAGUGCAAUAGUGGUAACCAUUUUAGUGACCACCUCUGUUCCUUUCAUAAAGAAGUCUGGUCUCCUUCUCCUGCAAAGCGUACCAUGCCACAUUGAUAUCCAAAAGCUCAAGCAAAGAAUUUCUGUUUUGCCAGGAGUGAUAGAUACCCAUGACCUACAUGUGUGGCAGCUUUCAAGUAACUUCACUGUUGCCACUGUACAUAUUAAGUGUGCUGAGCCAUCUGACUAUAAGCAUUUGGCAGACAAGAUCAAAACAAUUUUGCACAGUGAAGAGAUUUAUUCAGCCACUAUUCAGCCAGAAUUCAUACAGCAUGCAGGUGAAAGUUGUGGAAUGGACUUCUGUGAACUAGCCUGCAGAAAAGAGUGUGACAAAAACUUAUGUUGCAUAAGGAGAGAUGCAAAGGAUGGUCCUGUGUCUACCAGUGAAACUGACCUAAAGGAAAUGUCCAAAGAAGAUGUUAUUAUAAAUGCUUAUGUUUAGCAUAACUUAAUCUACUUGUAAGCGUAAAACUGUUACAUACUGAAAUUGUGGAUAUAACAAAUGUAAAAUUAUUCAUAAACAUGCACCUUGCAUCAGUACACAGAAUGCCUUAGACAUUUUUUUAAAUUCUAGUCACAUUCAUUUUAACUAGCUUCCACUCAUUUUAUUUUGAACUAGCUCAAAGUCCAAAGAAAAAAACUGCAGUAAUUCAAGACUAACUUCUGCCCAUUAUGGACAGGAAAAUUACAUUUUGAGGAACUGGGGCAGAGUAUGGUAUUGUAUAUUCACUUAUUUGAUAUAAAUGUGCCUAUAUAUCUUAUAUAAAUGUAAUACUGUGACUAUAUACUGUGAGUUUUCAACAUUCAGUGUACUGUGGGGAAACACAGGCUCAUAGUCUCACAUAUUGAUAGCAAGGAGUCUGUAACUUUCAAACUCUGGCUGUAAGCUUUAGCUCCAAUCCACUCAUCUAGCAGAGUUUGAAGCAUGCAGUUUAUUGAUAACUGCCUAAUCAUUAAUGGAAGGUUAUUUCACAGAUGUCCUCCACUGCACAGAAAGAUAAUAAAUAUUAACCCACCCUUUACUGUUGAACAGUUCAUGAGAAAUGAACAUACCACAUAAAGAAAGAGUAAAAUUUUUGUCUUUAAAACAUUUAAAUAUCAAUAUAAAAUCUCUCCCAAGUAGCUUACAGCUAACCGUAAAAAGACAAGUUUUUUUAACCUUAGGGGACAGUUAAAUUCCUAAGACUAGCAAUAUAUCUUAUGAACUUUUUUAACUUCUUUCUAACCUUUUAAUUUGUUUGAGCUUGUAGUAAUAUGUUAACCUACAAUAUUCUAUAGCAAGUCUAAUGCAGGAUCUGAGUAGUGAAAGCAACAGGUCCCUAGACCUGUUCAUGAUGGUCCUAGUAUUGUCACAUCAAAUUUGAA